AUGAAAAAGUCUGAAGCGCCGCCCACGGACAGUGGCUACCCGACACCUCGUGAUGAUAUUCCAUCCACGUCUCGAUCUGGAUCGCCGCUAGACAGUUCUCCAGAUGAAAACAGUGAAAACAAGUUGACAUCGACUCCUAUCAGAGGGAAUAUAAGCCGAUCAAGGAGGGAACACUUCACAAAGUUUCAACCCGAACUGUCUAUCAUCGAUUCUACUGCUUCAGAUUCAAUUACCGUAGAGAAUGAUUCGAAUUACGUUCUUGGUAUUGUUCCACAACAUUACUACCAAAUAUCGUUCCCUUCAGAUGGGGUCAAAAGCAUAUUAUCAGCGUCGAAAGAGUUGAAGAAAAGGGCUCGCGAGAAUGUACUGCUUCGCGACGAAAACGAAUCGCUUCGUGGGGAAAAUGAAUCUCUUCGUGAGGAGAAUUGUUCUCUACGGGAAGAGUCUAGACGGAUAGAUAUGGAUAGAUCGAUGGCUGGGGGAAAUGUGAUUCCAGUGAUUCCAAAAUUGAAAUUGAAUGAUGAAGAUAUGGAUUCCACAGCUAGCAGUCACCAAUUAAAAUCCAGCGAGAAAAUCAAAAAAGAGCUGCUUUCAUUCAUCAAAAACGAGGACGAGCGGACUAUGAUUGAAGCGAAAAUGGAGAACAUGAUGAUUAGUGAUUGCAAGCCGCCUGUCAAAGUGUUCACAGCGACUGCUACGAUACAAGUUGACACGGAUAAAAUCGAUGCAGAUGUUCAAACCGAAACAGAUGACCAUGUUAAUGUUGUGAAUGCGAAUUUGCAAAUUGAAUUGGAUCAAUUGCAAUCGGAGAUUGAAGUGAUAGGAAAGAAGAAAAGUGACCUGGAGACUAGAUUGUUUGAUUAUGAGCAAACGAAAGCAAAGUUUGAAAAAGAUGAACAGAAAUUGAGAGCGGAUCUUGAAAAGAAACUGAAAUCCAGUCAAGAACAAUUGAAACGGUUUGAAACGAAAAUUGAAGAGCUCCAAGCUCGUUUAAAUAAAAAACGAAAGGAAUUUGACGAGGUGGAAGCAGAGAACCGACGACUUCUUGAUGACAAAAACACCCAUGAGUUUGAGCUCGACGAAAUGAAAGUCCAUGGGGAACACAUAGCCAAACAGAACGAGGACCUCGAAGAGAAUAUGAAAAAGAUGCAAAUGAAAAUUGAUGAGCUGGAAAAAGCUAUUGAGGAGGAGAAGGAUAUGAAGCAGCAGUUGGAGAAAAAGAUCGAGGAGAUGGCAAAGAAUCACAAAAGUUUGAUUGAAAAGCUAGAUGAAGACGUUGAAAGUGCGUGGCGAAAGGAGACGGAAGCCUUGGAGAAAUUGGAGUUGGUGCAAUCGGAAAACAAAAGUCUGCAGAAAGAAAACGAGUACCUGAAACAAGCUCAACAAGUUCUUCUAGACAGUGAACUCAAUUUAAAAUCAGAAGUUGAUGUUUUGACAGCCAAUUUUCGAAACUGCGAGACUCAGCUGACGCAGAAAAAAGAUCAGAUUGUAGAAGAGAAGCGUCGGGGGGAGAAUUUGGAAGCAGAAAUUGGACAGCUUGGAGCCCAAAAUCGAAAGUUGCUCGACGAGAAACACGAUUCAAACGAGUUGCUGGAAGAAUUGAAGAAAGGAAAACUCGAAAUCGAUCACCUUCGACAACAAGUACAACAUCUUUCUCGAGAAAGUGAGGAGAUGGUUCAGUUGAAAAAUGAGCUCAAUGAGACGGUGAACAGAGAAAAGCUGGCUGAUGAAAAACUGGAAAAGGCGCUGAAAAAAGAAGGAGAACUGGAAGCUAAACUGGAAGGUUACAUCCGAUCAGAAUCCGCUGCGAGAACCGAGUUGGAGCGUUUGAAAGAGGAUGAUACUGUUUUGAGAUCCAACCUGGAAACUGCUCUCCAAGCCGCUCAGGAGAAAGCCUCAGCGUUAGCGACUAUAGAAAGAGCUUAUGAUGAGCUGAGAGUCGAGUUUGAGGAGUUCAGAGGACAUGCGAAUGCUCAAUACGAAAGUGACAUUUUUGUUAGAGAUCAGCAGAUUGAACAUCUGCGGGUUCGGUUGUUGGAGCUUGAAACGUAUCCGGGACAGACGAUUUCUGUAUCCAGACGAAACCAGGAAGUGCAGACAGAAGGAGAAGAACCUCAACCAGUAGUCUCCUACGUUCAACAAAGUCCAGAAGUGUCACUUGUUUCCGAAGACUUGAUCCCUGCGCAUUUGAUACGUCUUGAAGAGAAAAUCAAGAAUACUGUAGAGGGGCUGAAACAAGUCGUUCAGGAGCAACAGGUUGAUGAUAUGUCAGGCGAUUUGCAAGCGUCUCCUCUUCAUUAUGCAUCAGAAACAUUCAAAAAGUUUGCUGAACUACUAAAUUCUCUCCUAGCAAAUAGUGAAGACUAUGAAAGCGAUUCUCAAAAAAUUAAAAAAUUAUGGAAAGCGCUCAAUAAGAAUAUUGUGGAUGUGACGACAACGUUGGAGGAGAGAUUUGAAUUUGUUCGAAGUGAAAUGACAAGAAAGAAUCAUCGAAACGAACAGAAGCUGAGAGAUGAUAUCGAAGAGUUGAGAAAAGAUCUAGGUCAAGAAAGAGCGCUCGCCGAGCAACGUGUAUACAUUGCUAAGCAGUUCAAGGAGCAAUAUGAGUUAGAAGAACGGGAGAAGGAAGAGCUGCGAGAGGAAUAUGAACGGCUAGUGGAGCUUCGAAAUGAGGAUAAUGCAGAGAGUGAACGAAACGAGAGAAGUCUUCGAGAGCGGUUGGAGAGAGCAGAGCACAUUGUGCAAAAGCACGCUCGAGACAAGCUCAACCGCACUUAUGAGCUUGAAGCUGAUGUGGAGGAGUUGACGAAUUCUUUGAAAAGAAAGGAAGAAGAGUACCGUAGGAAAAUCGCUGAAAUGGAAGAAGAUGUGCAAGUCUUCAAAAAAGAAGAAAAGAAGAAACGGGCUUAUGAGAGAUUGACUGCGGAGAAAAUGAUAAAGGCAUACAACAUUGUGAAGGAUCGGCAUGACUACCUUCUCAGGCGAAAUAAGGAGCGGCAGAAGCUUCUGGAUGAUAUAAUGAAGGCGAUGAGGAGCAAAGACGGAAAUCAGUUGCGGCAAAUCACUGAUAAUGCCAACAAGUCCGGACUUCUGAACCUCGACGAUCAAGAGUCAGUCUCCUUAACCACCGAACGGCGCGUUCUGUCUGAGUCGAACGUCAACCACUAG